UUAGCUCAGGUGUCUUUGCAAAACAAAGGAAUUCAAAUUAGUGAAGGAGGACUUACUGGUACAUACACAGCUGCGCAGCUUCACUUUCACUGGGGUAGCAGUGGUAUGCCUGGAUCAGAGCACAGCAUAGAUGGAGAAAGAUACGCGGCUGAGCUUCAUAUAGUUCACACAAAAGAUUCCAGCGGCCGGUCAGAAUCUGGAGGAGCAACUACUGGGACAGAAAGAACAAUUGCUGUACUUGGAUUCUUCAUUGAAGAAGGACCUACUGACAAUACCAAGUAUGGAAAUAUAAUCAAUGCACUAAAUACAAUCAGAUCAAAAGACAGUACAACUGUUUUAAACGUGAAAUUACAAGACCUGAUUCCAGAAGAAAUAUAUCUAGAACAUUUCUACAGAUAUGAUGGCUCUCUCACUACUCCUGAAUGUUAUGAAACUGUCAUCUGGACUGUCUUUCCUGAAACAAUAAAGCUAAGCAGAGAUCAGCUGGACGCAUUCUACACGAAACUUAAUUACUCAGCAGAUGCUGUCAUGGUGGAGAACUUCAGACCAGUACAAAAACUGGGAGGGAGAACUGUCUAUACUUCUGGUGUGGAAGCAGUAUUGUCUUGCAGCAGACAUUUGCUACUCGCAUUGAUUGUGACAUAUAUAGCAUCAACUUCUUAA